ACUGCGAACCGGAGUGAGGGAUGUAAAGAAGGAAGGAAAGCUUCCAGGAGCUCCAGCUAGCCGGGGAGACCCCCCUCUCAGUGGAGGGGAGGGGGAUUUCCAGCGAAACACCAUUGGCGAAAGGGACCUUUGCAGGAGAGGAGUCCUCUGAGAGAGCAGGGAAUCCCACAGCCUCUUGUGGCACAGGAGCCAGAGCUGCUGGCCGACCGAAGCUGGGUCCGUGGGAGCUAGCUGAUGUGGCAAUGCCUGUUCCAGAGGAAUCCUGUUUUGGGUGACCUCCUAAGGACCCUAGCUCUGUGGCUCUGUCCAGUUCAAAAUGGCAGAAAAGGCACCACCUGGCUUGAACAGAAAGACAUCCAGAUCGACACUCUCUCUUCCUCCAGAACCUGUGGACAUUAUCAGAAGCAAAACAUGCUCUCGGAGAGUUAAAAUCAAUGUAGGGGGCCUUAACCACGAAGUCCUGUGGAGAACUCUGGACAGGCUACCCAGGACGCGCCUGGGGAAGCUCCGAGACUGUAACACGCAUGAGAGUCUCCUGGAGGUGUGUGAUGACUACAACCUUAGUGAGAAUGAGUAUUUCUUCGACCGGCAUCCUGGAGCCUUCACAUCUAUUCUAAACUUCUACCGGACAGGGAAGCUCCACAUGAUGGAAGAAAUGUGCGCGCUCUCUUUUGGCCAAGAGCUUGAUUAUUGGGGCAUUGAUGAGAUCUACCUAGAGUCCUGCUGCCAAGCCAGAUACCAUCAGAAGAAAGAGCAGAUGAACGAAGAACUGAGGAGGGAGGCAGAGACCAUGCGUGAGCGUGAGGGGGAGGAGUUUGAUAACACCUGCUGCCCGGAGAAAAGAAAGAAACUUUGGGACUUGCUGGAGAAACCCAACUCAUCUGUGGCUGCAAAGAUCCUGGCCAUCGUGUCUAUCCUGUUCAUCGUUCUUUCCACCAUUGCUCUGUCUCUCAACACACUUCCGGAGCUGCAAGAAAAGGAUGAAUUUGAGCAACCCAGCGACAACCGGAAGUUGGCACACGUAGAGGCCGUGUGCAUUGCUUGGUUUACCAUGGAGUAUCUUUUAAGAUUCCUGUCCUCACCAAAUAAAUGGAAAUUCUUUAAAGGCCCACUGAAUGUCAUUGACCUCCUGGCCAUCUUGCCGUACUAUGUAACCAUCUUCCUCACGGAGUCCAGCAGAAGUGUGCUGCAGUUCCAGAACGUGAGACGUGUGGUCCAGAUCUUCCGAAUCAUGCGCAUCCUUAGGAUCCUGAAACUCGCCAGACACUCAACGGGCCUUCAGUCUCUGGGCUUCACCCUCAGGCGGAGUUACAAUGAGUUGGGUUUAUUAAUAUUAUUUUUGGCCAUGGGAAUAAUGAUAUUUUCCAGCUUGGUGUUUUUUGCUGAGAAAGAUGAGGAUGCUACAAAAUUCACCAGUAUCCCUGCAUCAUUUUGGUGGGCUACCAUCACCAUGACCACUGUGGGCUAUGGUGACAUUUACCCUAAAACACUGUUAGGGAAAAUUGUGGGUGGCCUCUGCUGCAUUGCAGGAGUCCUGGUUAUUGCCCUUCCUAUACCUAUCAUUGUGAAUAAUUUCUCUGAGUUCUACAAGGAGCAGAAACGCCAAGAGAAAGCUAUUAAAAGGAGAGAGGCUCUUGAAAGAGCCAAAAGAAAUGGAAGCAUUGUUUCUAUGAACUUAAAGGAUGCUUUCGCUAGAAGUAUGGAACUGAUAGACGUGGCUGUGGAGAAGGCUGGAGAGUCAGCCAAUACCAAGGACUCAGCGGAUGAUAAUCACCUGUCUCCAAGCCGGUGGAAGUGGGCCAGGAAGGCGCUGUCGGAAACAAGCUCCAACAAGUCUUACGAGAAUAAGUACCAGGAGGUUAGCCAAAAAGACUCCCACGAACAGCUGAACAACACUUCUUCCACCAGCCCACAGCAUCUGAGCGCCCAGAAGCUGGAGAUGCUGUACAAUGAAAUCACCAAGAUACAGCCGCAUUCCCACCCGAACCCAGACUGCCAAGAACAGCCGGAGAGACCAUCUGCAUAUGAGGAGGAGAUAGAAAUGGAAGAGGUGGUCUGCCCACAGGAGCAGCUGGCUGUGGCACAGACCGAGGUCAUCGUGGACAUGAAAAGCACCUCCAGCAUUGACAGCUUCACCAGCUGUGCGACUGACUUCACAGAGACUGAGAGAUCACCCCUGCCACCACCCUCUGCCUCUCAUUUGCAGAUGAAGUUCCCCACAGACCUCCCAGGAAUGGAUGAGCCCCAAAGAGCCAGGGCACCUCCAUUCCUUACACUAAUCCGAGAUAAAGGGACUGCUGCCAGGGAGGCUGCACUGGAUUAUGCACCAAUUGACAUAACUGUGAACCUCGAUGCUGGGGCUUCCCUUGGUCCUUUGCAACCUGACAGUGCCAGCGACAGCCCUAAGAGCUCGCUGAAAGGGAGCAACCCCCUCAAGUCCAGAUCCCUCAAAGUGAACUUUCAGGAAAACAGAGGCAGUGCACCUCAGACCCCGCCUAGCACAGCCAGGCCACUCCCAGUAACCACAGCUGACUUUCCGCUCACCACCCCCCAGCACAUGAGUACCAUCCUUCUAGAAGAAGCCCUGCCCCAGGGACAGAGACCCUUGCCGGGGGCUGAUGUUUCAACACACUGUCAGGGACCAUCCAAAGGUCUAUCCCCACGAUUUCCCAAGCAAAAACUAUUUUCUUUCUCUUCUAGAGAAAGGAGGAGCUUCACUGAAAUAGACACUGGAGAAGACGAGGACUUCUUAGACCUCCAAGGGUCAAGACCAGACAAGCAAGGAGAUCCCAGUCCCAACUGCUUAGCAGACAAGCCUGGCAAUGCCAGAGACCCUUUAAGAGAAGAGGGUUGUGUGGGUUCCUCCUCUCCCCAGAACACAGACCACAACUGUAGGCAAGACAUUUACCAGGCUGUGGGUGAAGUCCAAAAGGACAGUAGUCAAGAAGGGUACAAGAUGGAGAAUCACUUGUUUGCCCCAGAAAUUCAUUCCAACCCAGGAGACACAGGUUACUGUCCCACUCGUGAGACCAGCAUGUGACUAGUUAUAAAAGCAAUAUAAGAAAAAAAACUUGUUUCUUAAAAAUGCGAUUAAUAAUGCCAUGAACUAAAAUAUGAGAAACCCCUCCCUAAUACCCGUGCAUAAAAUGUUAUUUUUGCAUGGCAUGGACAGUUUAGUUUAAGUACUGUUUAAAUGAAGAGUCCAGACUGCAUUUUGUAACAAACAAAACUGAGUUCUGAGUAGGGAGCAAAUAAAGUACUCUCUCAGGACCCA